AUGACGUCCUUCUGUCAUAAGUUCAUGGCAGCUUACGAGGCCGCAGCCCAAGAACAGGCAGAAAAGCCACUGCCGCACCUGCAGAGCGGCUUUUGGCUGCAGUCCUACGGCUUCUCGAAGGCGUGCUUGAACCGCUAUUGCCAGAUCAUGGCCUCAAAGCACCCCGGCCUGAGCUGCGUUGCCUGCUCCCCGGGCUUUGUGGAGACGGAAAUGGUGAAAUCCUACCGGGGCGACUCGAAGCUGAAAACCGUGGAG